AUGGUGCGAAUAUUCAUUAAGGGAGGAGUGUGGAGGAACAGCGAGGAUGAAAUCCUCAAGGCGGCGGUCAUGAAAUAUGGCCUGAACAACUGGAGUCGUGUGGCUUCUCUCCUUGUAAAGAAAUCCGCCAAGCAAUGCAAAGCCAGAUGGUACGAGUGGCUGGACCCGAGCGUCAAAAAAACAGAAUGGACGCUCGAGGAGGAGGAGAAGCUGCUUCACCUCGCCAAGAUCAUGCCUUCGCAGUGGCGCACGAUUGCGCCAAUUGUCGGACGCACAGCUUACCAGUGUCUCAUGCACUAUGAGGAACUUCUGGAUCAAGCACAGGGCAAGUGGCGCACUUAUGAGGGUAUGGAUGGAGAAGAGGGAAAGCCUAGCGGCACGGGAUUCUCCCAGGCGCCGGGAAGCCGCAAGGCACCGGGCAGAGGAGUUGGCUUCCUUCGAGGGAGGGAAGAUCCUCGGAGGCUGAGGCCCGGAGAAAUUGACCCGCAUCCCGAGACCAAACCCUCUCGUGCAGACCCAAUUGACAUGGCUGAGGACGAAAAGGAAAUGCUUGAAGAGGCGAGAGCCCGUCUAGCGAACACGCGUGGCAAGAAGGCCAAGCGGAAGGCGAGAGAAAAACAACUUGAAGAGGCUCGCCGACUUGCGGCGUUGCAGAAAAAGAGGGAACUAAAAGCGGCUGGAAUCAUUACGGGGGCGAAGAGAAGGACGAGGAAGAAUUUCCAACCAUACGAAGAGAUUCCGUUUGAAGAGAAACCGCCUCCAGGUUUCUACGAUGUGCCAUCAGAAGAGAAUCCAGAGGGCAAUCUGAACUUCGCCAACAUCAGCCUUCAGCACAUGGAGGGACAUAUGCGCGCGAGAGAGGAAGAGAAGCUCAGAAAAGAAGAUGCAAGGAAGCUGAAACGGCUGAGAGAAGACCAUCUUGAUGAGUACUUGAAGUUGCAGGAGGAGAAAUUGAAAAGGGAAGCCAUUGCUAAGAAAAUGAAGCUUAACUUACCAGAGCCCAUGUUAAAGGAACAUGAAUUGGAGGAGUUAGUGCGACUUGGGGCCCAGGCAUCACUCCUGACGGGUUCAGAUGGACAUGACGAAACAUCUACUUUACUAGCACAAGGGCUUUCUACGCCAACUACGGCUGUCUCCCGCAUUCCGCGGCGGUCAGAGCGCGUACAGCAGGAGGCGCGCAAUGCGUUGGCUCUUCUUGGGAUUCAAACUCCGCUGGAGGGGGAAGAAAAUGCUCAAAUAGAGGAAGUUCCGGGAGGAAAGGGACUGACUCCUGAUGACGUUCGAACGCCAAAUGCUUUGCAACAGCACCUCCGUGGAAGUCGUUUGACUGGCACCAUAUCUGACACGCCGCUAACUGCAGCCACUCGCAUUACCUGCACGGGUCACGGCAGCAGCGCCACGCCACUCCAUGACCCAUCGGACGCAGGCUCGGCCUCUGAGGGUGGCGGCAUGGGUUCGAAAGCAGAGUUGCAGCUUGCGCGUCUCCAAGUGCGCACCUCUCUCGCCUCCCUCCCUGCUCCCCGCAAUGAUGUCACGGGACAAAUUCCAGACGAUAUUACUGAAGAGGAAAAGGAGCUUCUUGAAUCUGAGGCUGAUAUGGACAUGGAAGAUGUAGAGAAGCGUCGGGAGCAACGUGCAGCCGAGGCAGCGCGGAGGCGAUUCUUGGAACAAACUCAAGUGAUGCAACAGCAACUUCCUAGGCCCAUACUUCCCCCACAUAAGCCGUUAACUCCAUCAAUCGACGCGGCGUCGGCAAUUGCUGCGGCUGUCCAGCAGCAGCUGCAGCAGGAUGACGACACGGUCAUUACUGAGGAAGGGAAAGACGCUGCGGUUGCGGCAAUUUCUGAAGCUGCUUCUCUUACGGAGAAUGUUAUGACUCUGCUCGUUCAACACGACUGCUACGAACACCCAUUUCGCGGAGUUAACCCGCCUCCGCCUGCUGGGGGGCUUGAACCGUGUAGCUUGGAAGAAAUGCAGGCAGCGAGGGAACUUGUAGAGUCGGAGUUGGCUUCUUGGGGCUUAGACGAGAACUACCCUAGACUGGACAAACUUGUCUACACACUGGAGACGCAGCUGGUCUUCAACCCAGCUUCCAAAUCGUACGUCUCUUCAUCCACCCUGAGCCCGAAUGAGCGUCUCCAAGUGUAUGCGCACCAAGUUGAAACGUUAAAAAGUGGCCUAGCCGCUGCUGUCCAGAGAACCAAAAAGCUAGAAAAGAAGUAUAAGGUACUCACGACGGGCUACACCAACCGUCAGAAGGAACUUGCCAAGGCGAUAGCCGAAAAGAGCGCUGAACUUCUGCAACUCGAUGCGCGCGUUGCAUCAUUUACUAAACUGCAUGAGGCGGAGCGGAAAGCAGUGAAGACUAGGACUGAAGAAAAGCGAGUAGAAGUCAUAAGGGAGCGCGCUAAACACCUGUUCCUUCAGCAACUCUACGGCCGCUUGACUUCUGUCAAGAAGCAUCUCCAGGAACUCCUCAGCGACACGGCAACGCAACAGCAGCAGCAAGCACAACCAACACAGCAUGUGCAGGCGUAG